GCCCCCGCGCCGCUCCUGUCCCCGUUCCGGUGCCCGCAGCCCGCAGAGUCCCGGCGAGGUCUGGCAGGUCCAGCCCGCGCACAGCUCGGUCCAGUCCGGCAGCGGCGGCGGCGGGAGCAGAGCGGAGAUGCAGCGGCUCGUAGGCACCCUGCUGUGCCUGCUGCUGGCGGCGGCGGUCCCCACGGCCCCCGCGCCGGCUCCCACAGCGACCGCGGCGCCCGUUGAGCCCGCCCCGGCUCUCAGCUACCCGCAGGAGGAGGCCACCCUCAACGAGAUGUUCCGCGAGGUUGAGGAGCUGAUGGAGGACACGCAGCACAAACUGCGCAGCGCGGUGGAGGAGAUGGAAGCGGAAGAAGCUGCAGCUAAAACAUCUGAAGUGAACGUGGCAAGCUUGCCUUCCAGCUAUCACAAUGAGACCAACACGGAAACCAAGGUGGGAAAUAAUACCAUCCACGUGCACCGAGAAAUUCACAAGGUAACCAACAACCAGACUGGACAAACGGUCUUCUCGGAGACAGUCAUCACGUCUAUGGGAGAUGAAGAAAGCAAAAGGAGCCACGAGUGCAUCAUUGACGAGGACUGCGGGCCCACCAGGUACUGCCAGUUCGCCAGCUUCGAGUACACCUGCCAGCCCUGCCGGGACCCACAAACACUCUGUACUCGGGACAGUGAGUGCUGUGGAGACCAGCUGUGCGUCUGGGGUCACUGCACCAAAACAGCCACCAAAGGGGGCAAUGGAACCAUCUGUGACAAUCAGAGGGACUGCCAGCCCGGACUAUGCUGUGCCUUCCAGAGAGGUCUGCUGUUUCCUGUGUGCACACCCCUGCCUGUGGAGGGUGAGCUGUGCCAUGACCCCGCCAGCCGGCUUCUGGACCUCAUCACCUGGGAGUUAGAGCCUGAUGGAGCUUUGGACCGAUGCCCGUGUGCCAGCGGCCUUCUCUGCCAGCCCCACAGCCAUAGCCUGGUGUACGUGUGCCAGCCGGCCUUCCCAGGGAGCCACGCUGACGCCGGAGACAGCCUGGUGCCCAGGGAGGCCCCUGAUGAGUACCAGGACGGCAGCUUCAUUGAAGAGGUGCGCCAGGAGCUGGAGAACCUGGAGAGGAGCCUGUCCGUGGAGAUGGCGCUCGGGGAGCCCGGGGCUGCCUCUGAGCUGCUGGAAGGAGAGGAGAUUUAGACGGAGGCCUGCUCCGCGCUCGGGUAGACAUGGGAUAGAAAUAGCUAAUUUAUUUCCCCAGCUGUGUUCUCUAGGUGUGGGCUUACUGGGCUUUUUUCCAUGGCCUCUUCCCAGUACAU